AUGGCGUCUUCCAUCGGCGAUUGGGAGAAAUACAUACAGAAAUGUUUUGACAACCUGAAUGCUGGCGGGUAUCAGGACCUCAAUGAGUUCGACAUCAUUCCCACAUCCGACGACGGAUCGUUGAGGGAAGAUUCCGCAAUAUGGAAUUAA